GGGCUGCUGGCCCAGAGGCAGGUGGCAGCCAGGUGGACAGCAGAGAAAGCAGGAACCCAGAGGUGUGAGCUGAGAAACGGAGCCAUGUCAGGAAGCCAACUGUGGGCUACUGUCCUCCUCCUGCUGCUGCUGCAGAGUGCACAGGGUGUCUACAUCAAGUACCGUGGCUUCCAAGUCCAGCUGGAAUCAGUGAAGAAGCUGAGUGAGUUAGAGGAGAAGCAGAUGUCUAACCCCCAGCUGCGGAAACACAGCCUCCUCCCUGAUGUGUGCCAUAACCCAGCAUUGCCCAUGGAUCUCCGGCCUGUUUGUGCCUCCCAGGAAGCUGCCGGCAUCUUCAAGGCCUUGAGGACCAUCGCUACCGACGAAUGUGAGCUGUGUAUAAAUGUUGCCUGUACGGGAUGCUGGUGAAAUGACCCACUCCAGACACUUCCCUCCACAACAGCCUAUCCUGUCCAUACUUAGAUACCGUUGAAGUAAUCACCAUCCUCCCAGUAUAAAUAGAUCCAUAGCAAGGCAAUAUGGACUGCAGAGCUGCCAUAUUUAGCCCCCCAGGCAGCUGCACCUGAAUAAAGAUGUUACCC